GUUGACGUCGCUGAAGCAGCAGCCAAGUCGCGGAAGGUCAAAGAGCGGUUGGAAGGCUUUGCCGUGGCGCCACAGUUGUCAGCUGCAAAUGGUCUCAAAGAUCCGGACGCCGAGGAAGAGCUACCAACUGCCGGUGGCCUUCUGCGAGAGUGGGCAUCCGUGUACGAUAAUGCCGAGGAUGCUCGGCGGGAUGCAGUCGGGGGUCCUGUGCUACUGCAGCAGAGGAAUCCAAGUUGGAACAAGGCCACAAAGCAGCGUGAGGCGCCCACCUCACCACCAAGCGCUCGGGGUAUCGGCGAGCAGCUGGCGCAGCUCUCGCUUCGCGAUCUUUCAGAGAUCAAAGCCUUGAAGAAGCCUCCCCCGCCGAUUCGGAUGCUGAUGGAGGUGUGCUGCCUGCUGUUCCACAUACAGCCUGUCAAGCACUUGGACGAGCAAUGCGUUCAUCAUCGAUUGCGAACCGACUACUGGGAGCCGGCUCGGCGAUACUUGCUGUCAGACCCAUUCCUGCUUUCAAAGCUGAGAUCCCAUGGCAAGGACGUCGGGCCAUCCCAGCGGGCCAAGAUCAAGAAGUACUUCAAGGAUCCAGAGUUCAGUGCAGAGCGGAUGCUGAAGUGUUCACGAGCUGCCUUUGAGCUCUACAGCUGUGUCUCGCGGCUCAUGGAGGUUGAUGAGCCAUCAAUCUCAUCUCUCGCACGUCAAAGUGACGCGCGAAGCGUUGCAUGUACCACUACCACUGCCAGUAGCAAUGAGACCAUUGCCUCCGCGAAGUGA